AUGAAUAAAGAGCUAUUUGCCCAUGACUAUAUAUUAGGUCUAAAGGAUCCUAAUAGGCCUUUCCCCACUGGUCAAGCCAGUGAUGCUGCAGGUGUUGGUCUUUUAAAGUGGAGAAUGCAAAGCACCGAUGAGUCAUUGGUGCCACUGACAAUCAACUGUUGGCCAUCUUCUUCUGGAAAUAAAACUUAUGUCAACAUUGAAUAUGAGGCUUCAUCAAUGUUUGAUCUGCGGAAUGUUUUGAUUUCAGUACCUCUUCCAGCUCUUCGAGAGGCAUCACCUGUUAGUCAGAUUGAUGGAGAAUAG